CUAAUAGAAGAACUCAUUACUGCAAGAUAAACAUUAACUGAUUAUUUACUUACAUUAAAACAAAUCUCUCCUUGGAGUUUCGUGUCUAUCAAGUGGUCUAUCAUCAUGGAAACAAUAAAGGCGAAUGCAGCUUUCCUGUGUAACUUUGAGGUGAUGCAGAUCCUGCAGCAGCUGAAGGAUAGCACCCAAAAGAAGCACAAGAGAGAGGGCUCACUGGCUACUGUCACAUAUGAGACAGUUCACUACCUCCAAGACACAGACUGCAAGAACCAGAGCGCGCAGGCCAUACAGAAGUUCCUGGAAGCCACUAAGAAGUUCAAGCUCACCAAGGUGGAGAAGCUCAUGAUGGCCAACAGUCCGCCCAGGACAGAACUAGAAAUUCAAUUGAUAGUCCAAGAAAGUGAAGAGCGCUUAUCAGAAGACGAAGUGCGUGAAAUCAUAGACAUCGUGAAUGAUUGCCUGCCGGCCGCCGAGCCCUCCUGACCCGGUGUAGAGCUACAACUAACUACUUGAUUACUUAGGUUAGUAUCAGAUCUCAACUGGUCUAUGGCGUCAAGAAAUCAGAU